CGCCGCCUUCCAUCUUCACUGCGCUCCUCCUUUCUUCCUCCUCCUCCUCCUCCUUCACCAGACAAAACCAUGGCCGAGAGCCCGCCGCCCGAGCCGGCGACCCUCCCCCGCCACGGCUCGACAUCGUCGCUCUCCACAAACUACAGACGCAACCCUCUCCGCUCGCUCUUCUCCAGGGUCCCGUCCUCGCUCCCAUUGUCUCCCUCCACAUCCGCUACCCCCUCCACCGGCCACACCCCACCCUAUCCGCCCCCCGCAGACCCGUUCGCGCCCACGCGGCCCAUCACAAAGGUCAUCAUCCCGACGCCUGACCCAAAUAACUACAAAAAACUGCCCUACGAGUUCGCUGCCAAGCGCGCCGUCGUCUGCGAGACCCUCGAGACUGACACGCACGCCGGCUUCAGCUUCGGCCACUCCGGCCCUCUCAGCCUGCGCACCUUCGUCCUCCUCCCGCGCGCGCUGCUCAGAUACUCUGCUAAACCGGCGCCCAAUGCCACACCCGAGAUCGUCGUGCAUCUGACAUCCGAGGCCGUUGCGUACGCAUCCGACGACAUCCCCGGUCGUCAGUACGUCCUCAAGGUCGCCGAGCGCACUCGCAGAACCACAACCGACGACUCGCCCAUCUCGCCCACGGCCGCCGCGCCCCCGCACUCCGCCAGCAUCAGCCUGCAUUUAUUCCACGAUGAUCGGCCCAAGACCGCCCUCCUCGUCUUCUCGUCCUCCGCCGACCUCAUGCGCUGGCUGGGCAUCGUUCGUGACCGCAUCCGCGGCGACCCUGCCGCCGCGCGCAAACCGCGGACGGACUCGACCGUCUUCUACGGCGCGCUCGAUCCCGUCACAUCUCCUCUCGGAGGCGACCACUCGACCGAGUCCCUCGUUCGGGCAAUGAGCACAACGACGCUUUCCUCCGUCGCGGGCUCAAGCAAACCCGCCGACCCGCGCUCCUUCUUCACAAGCGCGGUCCAGGCCUCCUCGUCCACCGCCUCCCUCUCAUCUUCCUCCUCGUCCUCUUCCACCGCCCCCAUCAACUCUCUACCGGACGACAAACCAAAACGGGCCCCGCCCGCUCGCCGCGAGUCAAUGACAAUGCCAUCGUCCUCCGCCGCCCGUCUGCAGCUCUCGAUCCAGCGCGCAAAGAUCGACGCUCAUCGCUCGCGCUCCGCAUCCGACGCAACAACCGCCGCUCCGGCCCUCACACUCACCCCGACCUCCACCACCACCUCCACCACAGCACCAUCCACUGUUCCUCCACAAACAGUCUCUCCUUCGUUCUCAUUCGAAUCACGCAACGAGCCUUCGCCUUCGCAGUCGCCGUCCUCGUUAGCACCAGCGGCCGGUCCCGCGAGCAGAAACAGCAGCGUGGAUAAAGGACGCAAAAAGAAAGUCGUCAUGCGAUCACCUGCCGGACCACCGCCUUCGGGACCUCUGCCUCCUGUUCCUCCGGGAUGAGUUGUACUCGUUUUUUUGGGUUUGCUGUUGAUUAGAUUGAGAUUGUUGGGAUGGAAUUACACCGGGGGACAUUACUUUUGCUUUUUUUCUUGCUGUAUUUUUUUCUUAUGUUUUUGUGCUAUUCAUGGGUUUUCAGAUUUUCUCGUGGAGAGAAAAAGCAAGUCGACACUACUUUCUCAAGGCGCAUCGUUGGAGUUUCGUCGGAUCAAAUUUUGGGAAGAGAUCGUGUGGAUCAGAUUUUGUACAGUAAUGCCAUGUGCUAUCCCAGCUGCUAUCAUACCACUAGACAUCAUCAGCAGCUGGUAAUGUGCCGGUUAUGUUACGCUCUAGAAGGGGGGAAUGAGUUACUGUGUUGAG